AAGGCGGAGGUUCCGUUCGGCCUCAGCGGCGAUGAUGAGUUUCGAGUGGCCCUGGCAGUACAGUUUCCCGCCAUUCUUUACGUUGCAGCCCAAUGUGGAUACAAGACAAAAGCAGCUGACAGCAUGGUGUUCCUUAGUGCUGUCAUAUUGCCGCCUCAACAAGCUCUAUACAAUGACUGUUCCAGAGGCUCAAGAGAGUCCACUGUUCAACAAUUGGAAACUGCAGCGAAAACUCUCACUGGAAUCCAUCCUUGUUGUGUUAGAGGAGCUCAGAAAAAAAGGGAAUCUUGAAUGGCUUGACAAGAACAAGUCUAGCUUUCUUAUCCUGUGGCGAUGUCCAGAGGAAUGGGGCAAGUUAAUUUACCAAUGGGUUUUGAAGAAUGGAUCGACAAACUCGGUUUUCACACUCUAUGAGUUAUCCAAUGGCGAGGAUACAGAGGAAGAAGAAUUCCAUGGUUUGGAAGAAUUAGUACUUCUCCGAGCUCUGCAGGCCUUGCAACAGGAGCAUAAGGCUGAAAUAUUCACUCUGAAUGAUGGGCGGGGCGUCAAAUUCUUCUAAUGCAGAUUCUGCUUUGGCUGCCUAGUAUGACUGUACAAAGGUGUUCUGGGUUAAAGAGUUUCUCUCUGCUCUGGUUUCCUUGCGUUGAAGGCUGAAACAGCAAAUUGUAUCUUGAUGGCUCAGCGUUUGACUCCAUUUUCUUCUCUCUGCAGCUUCUGCCUUUUAUUGCGCUAUGACGAUUUGAAUAGAUUUAUGGAGGAAUCAGAAUGUUCCUUGUGCUCAUAUGACACAAAAUAACUAUUGGCUCUUGAGUUUGGCCUUCCAAAUUGAAGCAGACAAUAAGCCCUGCUGCUUGCAGCAAUGAUUUAGGGAUAAUUUGGGGGAUCAAAAAUGCAGUACUCUCUCCAGUUGGGCAGAAAGCCACGUAGACUGUGCUAUCCACAACAGAAUGGGGCGUUAAAGACUUUGGACAAAUUAAACUAUACUGUGUUUACAGAAAAGUCCUCUGUGUUGGCUUAUCUCUGUGUGCUUUUCUCACACCAAGGGGACCUUCAGUUCUUCCCUCCCUCUCCUAUAUUAUUGUUAGUUUCAUGUCUGUAUUUAGUCUGAUUUCAUCUUUCAACACUUAGCAUCUUGUCUAGAAGAUGGGCAUUUCUCCUAGAUUUUUUUAGCAUUAAUGUCCUGCAAGUUCAUUAUGAAAUGAAAUCUUUCCUUUGAAUCACAUUUAUAAAAUUUAAAAAGCCAAGAAAAUUGUAUUGAAAAACUAUUUCUUCUGCUGUCAAAUGGGGGGAAAUUAUGUUCUUCAGAAAUUUUUGUGCAGCUCUUAGGAUCACUUACUUGCAGUGGCUGCAACUUUUAGCAAUGUAUUUGAUGUGUUGCUUAGAUCAGGGUAUGAUGCAAAGGAUCGAUAGGAUUGCAAAAUUAACUUAUUUUCAUGAGCUUGUUUUAGAUAUGCUCAAAACUGAAUCAGUUGUAUUUUCCCUAGCCUGCCUAUUGACAACAGCAUUAAGUAGGUAUUGUGAAAAUAAUUAACUGAUAGACUAUAGUGAAGGUAGUAUUUGAUAAACCUUUGGAUUUGUCAAAAGAUUAUUAUUUGAAUUUCAUGGACCUUUCCUUGGCUUAAAAGAUUUUCCAGUUGACAUAUAGGACAUCUCACCAAAUGAGAAAGAAUAUUGAUAAUUAGUCAAUUAGAGAAUUAGUUAAUCAAGCAUGGCUUUCCAGUAGGUAAAUCAGAGCUCAUGCCGGUGGAAAGAGAUGAAUUCACAAAGCAAGGUCUUGGUCAUUACCUUUAAACCCUACACGGCAUGGGUCCAGGGUAUCUGAGGAGUCGUCUUUCCCUGAUGGGACAAGCAUAUUCCACUUGUGGCAGCAGAGGAGGCCUGCUACAUAUCACAUCUGCUAAUAUUGAAGCAGGUAGGUCCCAUCCCUGUGGAACAUUCUUCCAUCAGAGAGGAGAACUGCCCUCCCUCUCUUGGCCUUCCAGAAGGAUAUGAAAACCUGGCUUUUGCCAGCUGACCUUGUGGGGGAGGCACACACUGUUGGAGGUGGCUGAGGAAUAAAAAUAUCUCAUUCUUGUCCCAUUUGGCCCUUAUAGGCACAGUUCUUAAUAUUUUUAUGUUGAUUCAUUUUAACCUUUUAAUUAUUUUUCACCUGUUGGAUAAUUCGUAAGCUGCCCAGAGUCACCUUGUAGGGGGAGAUGGACGACAUAGAAAUUUGAUGAAUAAAUAAAUAAUAAAUGGUAAAUUACAGUGUAUAUUGUCACAUAGAUUGUGUUCAAAUUACAAGUAGCAGGUGAUAGAAAACUGCUCCAAGGCAAAAAGUUUCUUCCUUAGGCAACAGCCUUUUGAACCUUGGCCCUUAGCUGCCAUAUUGUCCUUAGAUAACAUCCAUGAAUGUUGAGAAAGAGAAUUAUAAAUAUAGGUCUCUUAUCUACCUUAGAUCCUUGCCUCCUAUUCACAUCAUAAAGGAUUCGUCUUUCUGGCAAAUAUUUAAUUAGGUCUAUAACUAUGGCGCUCUAGUCUGUCUAUCCACAAAAGCUUUGGAAGAGGGCAAAAAGAGAAAAUUGUUGCCAAAACAUUGUUACUUAGAGAAGAAUAAUUGGCUUUCAUAGCUCAAAAGAGCUAUCCUGGCUAUUGGGUAUAUUGUUGCCCCAGCUUUGCCACAUUACUUUAGACCUCUUCCUUUAAACAUACAUUUCAGCCGAUACUGUAUGGUAGAGUUCCAACUCAUCACAUACAGAUAUUUUCUCUUAUUUGUUGAGAACAUAAAUGAGAAUAGGCUUUUAAGUUAAAUUACCAGAGGUUUCCUAAAUCUUUGUAUGGCUAUUGAAAAUAAAAAGAGGUAUGCAACUACAGGCUGUUCUCUGGACCCAGUGAAUGUUGAGAAUAUACCCAUAGAGUAUUAGAAUUAGAAUAAUAACUUCUUACUUCCAAAACAAGUUUCUAGGGUAUUUUUUUACUUUAAACUAAAAUAUGAUGUUAGAGCAUAUAAUCUAUUUUUCAUGAAAAACUAUAGUACUGUCCUAUGACAAUAGUAAUUUAAAUCCUGACAUCCUUAGAUCUUAAAAAAAAGCUUUCCUAAUUUCUGCCAUUUUUAUGUUUUUGAAAGGAGUUUUUUAAAAGGGAAAUUAAUCUUGCAUCAUUUAUUUAUAAUUACCUUGUGAAUUGCAGCAACAAACAACCGAAAGGAGCAGGAGAAACUACAAAAAUACCUCAGGGAAGAUGAUGAUAGUGGUUCUAAUAAAAUUAACAAAUGAAGUAUUAUGGUAUUAUAUUAAUCCUUUGGAUGAUUACUUUGGCCUGUAGGAGGACUGUGACUUUCUGUAAAAAUGUCUUCAAAUCAGUUGUGCAUUCUUUCUAGAAAUGUAUUUGCAUGGAACACAGAGACAAUUGUGAUGUUUUAAGCUUUUGAAUGAAUUUAUUUAUCUUA